AUGUGCAUCUCCACUCAGAUAGUGGACUGCCAACUCAACCUGGUACUAAACCAGAAAUCUGAUAGACUGGAAAUUCCGCUCCAAUCUCUAACGCCACUCAUCUGCCGCCUCUGGGCUAACUCCGCCCUCAAAGUACGGCGUACCAAUCCUCUGCAUGUGCCCCACAUAUCCAAUAGGACGGCACCAUCAAACCCACAGCCUGCGGCUGAACAAAUCCCGCAGCCCUCUGCUGCACCUCUGCCACUGGAGGUACUCCCGGAGCCCCUGUGGAACCACUGGCGGAAAACGAGCCAAUAA